AUACUGUGCACUGCUAGGGAAGAGAGAGCGACAAGAGGGGGCGAGAGACAAGAGUUUGAGCAGAGGGCAGGACAUCUCCAUCUCUCCCGGAUUCUUAUCAACAGAGACGUGGAUGACUCAUAUGAAGUGCAACUCUUCUGAAACACUGGGGUUGUUGGUGUGGCCAAAUUUUCCCUGGAUUUGAUUGGUAAAUUCAGAAGACUGAAGCCCAGGCUCACAGUCUACCUUUCACGGAGGCCCAGCCGUGAGAGGACAGAAGAAGGCACGUGGCGAAUCAUGACUGCCGACAAAGAGAAGGACAAGGAGAGGGAGCGCGACCGGGACCGGGACAGAGACCGCGAGAAGCGGGACAAAACACGAGAGAGCGAGAGCUCACGGCCCCGGCGUAGUUGCACGCUGGAGGGCGGUGCUAAGAACUAUGCAGAGAGCGAACACAGUGAGGACGACGACAACGAGACGCCUGGGGCCGCCACGGCAGAGGAGGCCACCAAGAAAAGCAAGAAGAAGCUGCCCAAGAAAAAAUCGCGUUAUGAGCGAACGGAGAACGGCGAGAUCACUUCCUUUAUUACGGAGGACGACAUUGUUUACAGACCUGGCGAUUGUGUGUACAUAGAGAGCCGACGGCCGAACACGCCCUACUUCAUCUGUAGCAUUCAGGACUUCAAGCUGAGUAAACGGGACCAUCUGUUAAUGAAUGUGAAAUGGUAUUACCGCCAGUCUGAGGUACCUGACUCCGUCUACCAGCACCUGGUGCAGGACCGCAACAAUGAGAACGACUCUGGUCGUGAGCUGGUUAUUACUGAUCCCGUGGUUAAGAGCAGAGAGCUUUUCAUCUCAGACUAUGUGGACACUUAUCAUGCUGCUGCCCUCAGGGGGAAAUGUAACAUUUCACACUUUUCUGACAUAUUCGCUGCCAGGGAGUUCAAAGCACGAAUCGACUCUUUCUUCUACAUCUUAGGAUAUAACCCAGAAACCAGGCGAUUAAACAGUACACAAGGGGAGAUUCGAGUCGGUCCUAGUCACCAGGCCAAGCUGCCAGAGCUCCAGCCCUUUCCCUCUCCUGGAGGUCAGACAGUGACAGAGAAUGAAGAGCUGGUCUGGAUGCCUGGGGUCAAUGACUGUGACCUGCUCAUGUACCUGCGGGCAGCCAGGAGUAUGGCAGCAUUUGCAGGCAUGUGUGAUGGGGGGUCAACAGAGGACGGCUGUCUCGCCGCCUCACGAGACGACACUACACUUAACGCAUUAAACACUCUUCAUGAGAGCAGCUAUGAUGCCGGGAAAGCCCUGCAGCGGUUGGUGAAGAAACCAGUGCCCAAGCUGAUUGAGAAGUGCUGGUCAGAGGAUGAAGUGAAACGAUUCAUAAAGGGUUUAAGGCAGUACGGGAAGAACUUUUUUAGGAUUCGGAAAGAAUUGCUCCCUAACAAGGAGACGGGGGAGCUGAUCACCUUUUACUAUUAUUGGAAGAAGACCCCAGAGGCUGCUAGUUGCAGAGCCCACCGCAGGCACCGCAGACAACCCGUCUUCCGCCGGAUCAAGACCCGCACCGCCUCCACCCCCGUCAACACUCCUUCCCGCCCACCUUCCAGCGAGUUCUUGGACUUGAGUUCAGCCAGUGAAGAUGACUUUGACAGUGAAGACAGCGAGCAGGAACUGAAGGGCUACGCCUGCCGCCACUGUUUCACUACCACCUCCAAGGACUGGCACCACGGGGGUCGCGAGAACAUCCUGCUGUGCACCGACUGCCGGAUCCAUUUUAAGAAGUACGGCGAACUACCUCCCAUUGAGAAGCCUGUAGACCCGCCACCGUUUAUGUUCAAACCUGUCAAAGAGGAAGACGAUGGACUCAGUGGGAAGCAUAGCAUGAGGACUCGACGGAACCGCGGCUCAAUGUCAACGCUACGAAGUGGCCGCAAGAAGCAAACCGCCAGUCCAGAUGGCAGAGCCUCACCAACCAAUGAGGAUCUGCGCUCCAGCGGGCGCACCUCACCCAGUGCAGCCAGCACCUCCAGCACUGACAGCAAGACUGACUCGAUGAAGAAACCCAGCAAGAAGACGAAGGAAGAGGCGCCAUCGCCUAUGAAGAGUGCCAAACGUCAGAGAGAGAAAGGAGCCUCGGACACAGAGGAGUCUGAGAGGGCAAGCGCCAAGAAAUCUAAAACGCAGGAACUUCGGCCGGACUCGCCCUCAGAGUGUGAGGGAGAGGGAGAGGGUGAGAGCUCGGACGGUCGCAGUGUGAAUGACGAGGGCAGCAGCGAUCCCAAGGAUAUUGACCAGGACAACCGCAGCUCUUCUCCCAGCAUCCCCAGCCCACGCGACAACGAGAGCGACUCGGACUCCUCGGCGCAGCAGCAGAUCCUCCAGGGUCAGCACCCUCCGGUCAUCCAGUGCCAGACAGGGGCUUUACCCACGGCUCCUCCUUCCGCAGCGGCAGCCUCCACACCACCCACCUCAGGCACGCCUUCGCUGUCAUCCCAACCGUCCCCCUCCAUCCCCCCCACCUCCAUGCCUCCUCAGCAGACACCUCCAGCAGGUCCGCUGUCUCUCAUCCAGUCAGGGGCGCAGAGGCUGCCCUCACCGCAUUCCCCACUGCAGGGCAUGACUCAGCCUCCUCCAGCUUCUCAGACUGGCCCUCAGUCCCUGCAGCCUCCACUACACGGCCCAAUGCCGCCCAUGGGCCACCCUCUGCAGGCGGGGCCAUCACACAUGCCUCACCCUCAUGCUUUACCUGCUCAGUCCUUCCCUAUUGGUCAGUCUCAGGUCCCCCCUUCACCUCUCUCGGGCCAGUCCCAAGCUGCCUCCCUGUCUCAACAACAGCGACCUCACACCCCUCCAUCCCAGUCGCAGUCCUCCUCACAGAGCGGCAGCCAGCCUCCCAGAGAGCAGCCUCUCCCACCAGCACCAUUGCCUAUGCCCCACAUCAAACCUCCACCUACCACCCCUAUCCCACAAAUGCCAAACCCUCAGUCACACAAGCAUCCCAGCCACCCCCCAUUCCCGCAGAUGCCUUCCAACCUGCCCCCGCCACCCGCCUUGAAGCCCCUCAGCUCCCUAUCCACACAUCACCCUCCCUCCGCCCAUCCGCCGCCCCUUCAGCUCAUGUCUCAAAACCAGCAGCUACAGCCUCCACCAGUGCAACCUCCAGUACUCACCCAGUCCCAAAACCUUCCGGCGACAGGAAGUCAAGCACCCCCGCCGGCUCCUCCGCUCCCUUCCUCUUCCUCUGCUUCACACUCGGCGCCUUCUCAGCCACCCUUCCCUCCUCAUUCUUUCAUGCCAGGCAGCUCGCCCGUCCUGUCACCGUCUACCGUUCCUUCUUCUGUGGCGAACUCAAUGGCUAUGCUGCAGCAGCCACCCUCCUCCAUAUCCAUGCCCCUGCCUGCAACGGUCAGUGCGCCUUGCCCGGGACCCUCCACUGUGCCACCUGUACAGAUUAAAGAAGAGCCACUGGAUGAGGCAGAGGAGCCAGAGAGUCCUCCACCACCACAGAGGAGCCCUUCACCUCCACCCACCAUCGUCAACACUCCCAGUCACGCCAGCCAGUCUGCACGGUUCUAUAAGCAUCUGGACAGAGGUUACAACACAUGUGCCAGAACAGACUUCUACUUCACACCACUGGCCUCAUCGAAACUGGCAAAAAAGCGAGAGGAGGCGCUGGAGAAAGCCAAGAGAGAAGCAGAGCAGAAAGCAAGAGAAGAAAAAGAAAAGGAGAGGGAACGAGAAAAAGAAAGAGAACGGGCGGAGAGAGAGAAAGAGGCUGAGAGAGCUGCUAAAGCUUCCAGUUCUUCCCAUGAGGGUCGCAUGGGUGAACCCCCGAUGGCGGGAUCGGCUCAUAUGCGGACCUCUUUUGAUCCACCACCCACCACCAUUGCCACCGCCCCUUACAUCGGCCCUGACACACCUGCCCUGCGCACGCUCAGCGAAUACGCUCGACCCCACGUCAUGUCCCCCACCAACCGCAACCAUCCCUUCUUCGUUUCACUCAACCCCACAGACCCACUCCUGGCCUACCACAUGCCCGGUCUGUACAACGCAGACCCCGGCAUGCGUGAGCGUGAGCUGCGGGAGCGAGAGAUACGGGAGAGGGAGAUCCGAGAGAGGGAGCUGAGAAUGGAGAGGAUGAAGCCAGGCUUUGAGGUCAAACCUCCAGAAUUGGACAGUCUGCAUCCUUCCGCCAACCCCAUGGAGCACUUUGCACGGCACGGGCCUAUUGGUCUCCCACCCAUGGCUGGCCCUCAUCCGUUUGCCUCCUUCCACCCGGGCCUGAAUCCACUGGAGCGGGAACGGCUGGCGCUGGCUGGGCCACAGCUACGUCCUGAGAUGUCCUACCCUGAGAGGCUACAUGUUGAGAGGAUGGCUUCUGUAGCAAACGACCCCAUUGCACGGCUGCAGAUGUUCAACGUGACGCCACACCACCAUCAGCACUCGCACAUCCAUUCACACCUACACCUGCACCAACAGGACCCUCUGCACCAAGGUGAGAGACCUUUCACACUACUGUUGUGUGCUGGAUAGUUGUAUUAGGCCCAC